GUGCGUGCGCGCUCGUAGCGCCACUCCCGAACGACCGCGGGAAAAUUCCAAACACGUCAAAACAAGAAAGCCACCGUGAGGCCACGCCAGGUUUUCAAGCCGCAGAAGUCGGGCGGUGGCUUCUUUUCCUCCGCGGCCCAAUCUGCUGAGGCAGCUCAGGGCGAGGACCACCCGUGGAGGCCGCCAUUUCCCGCUGGGACAGAGAAGGCUCGCGAGAACGUGCGCCGAGCCUCGACGUGGGCGAGCCGCGCUCCCGCAGGGCGCGGGGUCUGAGGCGGGAAGGCUGCUGUGAAAGGAUGUCACUGUUCUCUGCCUAGAGAUGGCUCAGGAUUCUGCAGACCUUGCUGCGGACUAUCAGUUUUGGCUGCAGAAACUUUCUGCUUGGGAACAGGCCUCCUCUAAGGAAACCCAACAUGACAUCUGUCUUCACCUGUCCCGGUUCCAGAAGUUCCUGAAGCAGAUAUAUGAAAUCUUGAAAGAGAUGGAUUCUAACGCAAUUCUGGGAAGGUUCCCCACAAUUGGUCAACUGUUGGCAAAAACUUGUUGGAAUCCUCUCAUCUUAGCAUAUGAUGAAAGCCAAAAAAUUCUAAUAUGGUGCUUAUGUUGUCUGAUGAACAAAGAACCACGAACCUCUGGAGAAUCAGAACUUAACUCCUGGAUCCGGGGUUUGUUAUCUCAUGUACUUUCUGCAUUCAGAUUCGACAUGAAAGAAAUUGGUCUUUUUCCUGAAAGUCUCGGAUAUGAGUCUGUUGAUUACUAUCCUAGUUUGCUUAAAAAUAUGGUUUUGUCAUUAGUGUCUGAGCUCAGAGAGAGUCAUCUUAAUGGACUGAACACUCAACGUUGGAUGGCUCCCAAGCGCAUGAUGUCCCUAUCACAAGUUUGUGUCCCUCUUGUUACUCUGCCUGAUUUUGAACCACUGGUGGAGGCUCUACUCACUUACCAUGGACAUGAAUCUCAGGAAGUCCUCUCACCUGAGUUCUUCGAAGCUGUAAAUGAGGCCUUCUUGUCGAAAAAGAUCAUUCUACCCACAUGCUCUGUGGUCAGCCUCUGGUUUCGGCAUCUCCCCAGUCUUGAAAAAUCAACGCUGCAUCUUUUUGAAAAGCUGUUCUCCAGCAAGAGAAAUUGCCUGAGAGAGAUGGAGUGCUGUAUAAAAGAGUCAUUGCUGCCUCAAGCAGCCUGCCACCCUGCCAUCUUCAGAAUCAUAGAUGAAAUGUUCAGGUUUGUGCUGCUGGAGACUGAUGGAGCCCCAGAAGUACUAGCUGCUCUUCAGGUAUUCAUGUCAUGCUUGAUAGAAGCUCUGGAAAAAGAAAACAAGCAGACAAAGUUUUCCCUCAAGACCUACUUUCCUUACGGUGCUCCAUCUCUCACUGCGGUGCUGGCCCAGCGCCCUGAAGCUAUCCCACAGAGACAUCGGCUCCAGCCGCUGCUGCACAUUUCCCAACUCCUCAGAGAAGCAGUUGAAGACCAUACUCAUGGGUCCCAGCAAGGUCCCUUCGAGAGUUGGUUUCUGUUCAUUCACUUUGGAGGAUGGGUUGAUCUGGCAGUGGAGCAGUUGCUGAGGAAGGAAGCUGAGCCCCCUGCAGGCCUGCUGUGGCUCUUGGUGUUCUAUUACAGCCCACAGGAUGGGAGUCAGCGGAGAGUGCAGAGCAUGGUAGAGCUGAAGGUAUUGCUCAACCGUCUCCUGAUGCUGCUCAGAAGUGACCCCCUCUCAGCUAUCGAUCUGCAGAAAGCAGCUGAGAGCACCAGUACCGACCCCAGACCACCUGUAUGUGAACAGCUGGCCAGGCGCCUUCUUCUUAGCCUCUUGCUCUGGACCCCAGAAUGCCAUGCAAUUGCCUGGGAAGCUGUCACCCAUGUUGUUAGAACAAGACUCUGAAGAACCUUCACAGCCAAGAGCCAGAGGAGACAAGAUGGCAGACUGUGCUGUGCCCUGGAUGCGAUUCUGGAGAGGACAAAGACAGAGAAGACUUGGAAGUCAGAAUGAAGUGUGGACUUCACUGAGGGACGGGGACACAGCGUGGAUAGGUGGGAGCUCUCUCUCCCAACUGUGCUACUUCUGUAGUGACACCACGUCUGAUGCUGUUGACAGUAGGUGCUUCUGAAUUAUGGACAUGGCGAGUCUGACCUCUUCAUAAUGCUCAUGACAUCUGUGGACAGAGUCAGCUCUGCUGCCGGGACAUGUCUUCCAGGGCCACAUGGCCCUGCUCUUUUUCAGUCCUGUCACCCCCACUGACUACAGUGGCCUAGGCCCUGCCUAAGAUGUGAGAAAGAGCCCCAGCAAAAUCUCCUGGAGAUACCACCUCUCUGUUUGGUGUCCAGCAACGUUUCCAUAUUCAGGACAGGCCACAUUCCCCACUCACGCAGAGACUUCUGAGAGGGGAGUUGGGCCUUGUACAACAUCCUACACUGUACAGCACACACCCACUGACCAGGCCUGUUCAACCACACACUAACUUAAUCUACAGCUGGCAGUGCAGCACCACAGAAACCCCAGGUCAGUUCAUCUGCCUAGAGUGCAAAGACCACACACUAAAUCCUCUAAGUGCUCCAUCCCAGAGUCCAGCAGGCUACCAGGUACUAUCCUCACGGAUACAGCUGUCAUCAGCACACAGCCUGUCUUCAGAAGAGGCUUGGCCCCAGGCUUUGGAUAGCUGGGCUUCUGACCCCUGUCCCAGUCAAUGGCAGGAGUCAUCUACAUGCUGCAUAGCCCUUUGCAGAAGGGCACUUCUGUAAGAGCAGUGUGGGUGUUACCACCUGAGGACCCUGAUCUUGGGGCAGAAUUCAUGUGAACUCAGAGAGCUGGCAUAGAGCCACCUCCAAGCAUGUGGUCGUCUGCCCUGGGCUUCAGAAGCUAGCUUUGGAGAGCUGCGCUAAAGCUAGAAGGGUGAGGGCCGGAGCAGGCAGCAGGCCACGUCCUUAGGACCCCCUUCCAUGUUAGCAGUCUCUCCACACUGGCACAGCUCCCUCCAACUUCAGCCUGGCAGGUUGGCUCCUGGUUCUCUCGUGGGCUUCCCUUUCUGGUUUUGGCCUUCUGAUUUGCCACAGACCUCAGUAGCCAUCUGCUCUGGCUUCUUUCUGUCUUUGCCCCGGGUUGCCACAUGCUUGCUUUCUGACAGGUGCUAGGAUGGGUGUGCUUGUGUUGGAGCCUUCUCCACCCUGCCUGCUUUCACUGCAUUUUGUGAACUUACUCUUGUCUUCCACUGCACAUUGCCUGCCUCAUCAGUCUGAGAUGGAGAGAUCAGCUCUAAGGUUGCUGUAUUUACAGUCUAGGCUAGCGGGGAUGUUUCUGUGUGAGUCUACGCCUAGGAAAGGUGUGAGGUUAGGUUGUGUAGUGACUGCCUGCCCGAGUGGGAGGCAGUCUGUGCCCACACAGAGUCUAUACACACAUUACGUCUUUGAGGCCUCUAGGGAUUAAUGCCCCAGGCAGGACAGAGGCUACCUCUGAUUACAGUCAUUGCAGCACCAUACUUCUGUGGCUUUUUAGUCAUCACCUGGCAGGGACAGGUCAGGUGCCCAGAGCCUGCAGACGCUGCCAGGCCAUCCUGAGCGUCACUCAGCGACAUGGCGGAGGUGUGCGGACGUUGGCAGUGCAGCGCUCUCUCCCUAGGCCAGAGCAGGACCAGGAAGGAAGGGUUCGGCCAUGGGUCAGUAAAGGCUGAAAGCCGCGACAAGAGAAAGCCGAGAUGGGGCUAGACCUGCAGACUGUGCUUGCCUGUCACACAACAAUGUGUGUCCCUGUGGGGAACCUGCUCACUUUUAAAGGGUUCCUGUGAGGAGAGAGAGGAAUCAGAGUAGCUUUGGGAGGACCUGGGUCAAUACCCAACAGCCCAGAACUUAAUUCAA